GUGUCGCCAGGCCGGUGGACGCGCGCCUGUGCGGCCUGCUCUGGGCCAUGUCCGUGUGAGGACGUCGCAGCCGUCAUCCCCUCCUUUCGGGCCGGCCAGUCGAAACGCACACCAUGGGCUCCAUCCUGAGUCGCCGCAUCGCGGGCGUGGAGGACAUCGACAUUCAGGCCAACUCGGCCUACCGCUAUCCUCCGAAGUCGGCAGGAAACUACUUUGCUUCACACUUUUUCAUGGGCGGCGAGAAAUUUGACACCCCCCAUCCCGAAGGUUACCUCUUUGGAGAGAACAUGGAUCUGAACUUCCUGGGCAGUCGUCCAGUCCAGUUUCCCUAUGUCACCCCUGCUCCCCACGAGCCAGUAAAAACCUUGAGGAGCCUGGUGAACAUCCGCAAAGACUCACUCCGACUUGUGAGGUACAAAGACGAUGCAGACAGCCCUACAGAGGAUGGUGAGAAGCCCCGUGUGCUCUACAGUUUGGAAUUCACCUUUGAUGCCGAUGCCCGUGUGGCUAUUACCAUUUAUUGUCAGGCAGUAGAGGAGUUCUUGAACGGCAUGGCAGUGUACAGCUGUAAGAAUCCUUCUCUGCAGUCUGAGACUGUCCACUACAAGAGGGGCGUUAGCCAGCAGUUCUCCCUGCCUUCUUUCAAGAUUGACUUCUCCGAGUGGAAGGAUGAUGAGCUGAACUUUGAUCUGGAUCGGGGUGUGUUUCCAGUAGUCAUACAGGCUGUGGUGGAUGAAGGAGAUGUUGUGGAAGUGACAGGCCAUGCUCAUGUGCUGUUGGCUGCCUUUGAGAAGCAUGUGGAUGGCAGUUUCUCCGUGAAGCCAUUAAAGCAGAAGCAAAUUGUGGAUCGUGUCAGCUACCUGUUGCAGGAGAUCUACGGAAUCGAGAAUAAGAACAACCAAGAGACCAAGCCAUCUGAUGACGAGAACAGUGACAACAGCAGUGAAUGUGUGGUGUGCCUGUCAGACCUGAGGGACACGCUGAUCCUGCCCUGCCGCCACCUGUGCCUCUGUACUUCCUGUGCUGACACGUUGCGGUACCAGGCCAACAAUUGCCCCAUCUGCCGGCUGCCAUUCCGAGCUCUCCUGCAGAUCCGGGCUGUUCGGAAGAAGCCAGGGGCCCUGUCUCCCAUCUCUUUCAGCCCUGUCUUGGCCCAGAGUGUGGACCAUGAUGAGCACUCUUGUCCCUUUAAAAAAUCAAAGUCGCACCCUGCCUCCCUGGCCAGCAAGAAACCUAAAAGGGAAACAAGUUCUGACAGUGUCCCACCUGGCUAUGAGCCCAUCUCCUUGCUUGAGGCACUCAAUGGUCUACGGGCUGUCUCCCCAGCUAUCCCAUCAGCCCCCCUCUAUGAGGAAAUCACCUACUCAGGCAUCUCUGAUGGUCUGUCCCAGGCCAGUUGUCCUCUUGCUGGACUCGAUCGAAUCAUAGAAAGUGGCCUACAGAAGGGCAAGCCACAGAGCAAGUCUCCAGACAGCACCCUGCGGUCUCCAUCAUCCCCCAUCCAUGAGGAGGAUGAGGAGAAGCUUUCUGAGGACUCUGAUGCUCCUGUCCCACCAAGUGGUGUGGAGCUUGCACUGAGGGAGAGCAGCUCCCCUGAGAGUUUCGGAACAGAAGAGGUGGAUGAACCGUCACUCAAGCAAGGGAGCCAAGUGCCCUCUAUUGAUGAUGUCCUGCAGGAUGGCAGCCCCCAACACCAUGGUUGCAACCAGACUGUCCCUCCUGCCGACAUUUACCUACCAGCCCUGGGUCCUGAGUCCUGCUCUGUUGGUAUAGAGGAGUAAGCUGGAUGGUCCACCUCCAUGGAGACGCCACACAGCCUUGGCACCACCAGCUCCCCCUGGCCUCUGCUGAGUGGCUCUAGUUCUGAGCCUGGAGCUACUGAGCUGACCCCACUCUGAGAGCCUGGCUCAGCUGGCAGCACAGAGCCCUCAGUAUCCCCAAAAUUGCCAGGAGACUUCCCUGGAGCCCAGUGAGACCCUGGCCUCUCCUAUCUGCACACCUGAUGUGGCCACCCAGCUUUGAGAGGCCAUAGUGAACCUUGAUCAAAUUGCACAAUGGACUACUCUUCCA